UUAGUGCGGAUCGAAUUUUGCAAUGUUGAUGCAUUCGAUAUAUGGUUACACAACCACAGGCCAUUGCAUCGCAUUCAGUCGAUGAUGAUGACGACGACACCGACGAAAAGAGAUGACUUUGAUUUUGAUUAAGGUUUACUUUAUCACGACGCCUGUAGCCUAAAUUUAAAUUUGGAAAGUGUGGCCAUGCCACGAAACAUCUCUAGCAAUAGCGGCAUUAACAUCAGCAGCGGUGAUGUGUUGGCCGUUGAGAUGAAGCCUAGGGGGUAGACACAACAUUUAAAACUUGAAUCUUUUUAGAUCUUUUCAAAUCUAUAGGAAUCUCAAAUCUCGAGCAAAUCCAAAUACUUUUGAAUCUCUAUGAAUCCUUAUAAAUCUUCUCAAAUCAAAAUGGCUGACUUGUCAAGAAGGUCAAACAAAUCAGAUGAAGCCAAAACAAAGAUGGGAUAUAUGUGCGCUGCCCGAGUGUUCGAAAUUGGCCAUGGUGUGCGGAACAAAUGCCGAUUUUGUGCAAUGCAACAUCUCAAGGUGGGUUUGGUGUUUGCCGCCUGCGCCGCCACACACAAUUUACCUAAUUGGAAUGUCAUUUUCUGGUCCAUGUCCCAUGAUAAUUGUUUAUUUUUGGACGAAAAAAACAACAAUAACACAUACAAGUUAGGGGACGACAAGUACAUCAGCUCAGCAAAUACUGUCCGUUAGAUAUAUUCUCUGGUGACGCUGUACUCAUGAAAAAAUCCAUACGUAAUUUAAUCACUGCUCCUCAAAGUAAUUUUCGAAUUUUUCGGAAUGGGCAGCUCGUGUAUGGCGAUGAUGAUGAUGAUGACUAUCAGGAGCAUGCUUUACAAUCCAUAUUAUCCCCGUACUUUGGUGCAAAUUCAAAUAACGUGAACGAUUUUAUAUCGCUGUUGGUGAAUAAGUUGCAAUAUGAUGACACAGGCAAACGAUAUUAUUUUGGAUUCGGAAACAGCGGAAAAUCAACUCUUUGCAUGUAUUACAUCAAAUUCCAGCCAUUUACCAAAGCAAUCGAUAUUGAAACGUGUUCUUGACUUACAACUACUUGCAAAGAAAACCAUUCCAUAUGUUGCCCAAAAAUAUGCCGAGCACUCAAAAGGAUGGGAAAAUUUAAUCAGAAGCAAACAAUGGCCACACUUACAUGUCAUCGCAUUGUAUGAGAAACUGGGAUGCCAAAUAACCCAUCAAAAUCCCGUUGAUGUAAUUGACUAUGAAUAUUUGAAAAGUACGUGCAAUUUGAGUGACGAAGAAAUAUAUGAGAUUGGAGCGACUGCGCUCGACUCCUCCAUCAUGCUGACAUUUCAGAGUUGCGGCCAACAAACCAAUCAUAAUCAUCAUAAUUUGGGACCGGUGUACAAAUCCAUCAUUCAAACCAUUUGACGACAAUAAAUGCAACGCAUAAAGGUGAUCUUCCAUUUGGUUCGACUAAAAAUUCGUCUAAAGUUUGCGGAUGAAAUAUAUCGGGAAUGCCAUGUUCUACAUAACUGCACACACAGUCACGCAAAAUCAAUUUGCAAACACUAACACCGAACAUCAUCAAUUGCCCAGUCCCGAUCCAUAUUCGGUGUGCAUUGAUCCACUUGGUCCAUACGGAUUGGACACUACCGAUGAAAAGAAACCACCAAUCAUUCUACUUCCGUAUACAAUUGACAAAUUGCCUAGAAAGAGCAGCGGUGAUCUACAUCAGAUGGUUUCAGAACUCACACGACAUCAGUAAGCAGUACGAAAUCGUUGUUGAGCGACACAAGUUCGGAUCAAACCGGUGCUCAUUGGGGUAGUGAAUCGAUUUUUGUGAUAAUGAUAUGAUGGCAUUAAUAUUUGCACUUUUGCUAUUAACGCUAAUCACUUUAGUUUCUAUUAAAAUAAUCGGUUAAAAACCGUUCGAUAGAUUUGCUCAAAUUGAAAAUUCGGAUAAUAAAUCCCAUUUGGAUUUAGAUUAUAAAAUAGUAUUGGAAACAAUGACAAAGAGUUUCAAUUAAAGAAAUAAGUACAAUCGAUUUGAUCAGAGCUGAAAAAAACACUCUGUGUGUGUGCGCACGUAACUAAGAACGCACUCACAGUAGAUGUGCGGUGCACAUAACGCUUGUAUUUUUGGUGUGCGUGCACAUUUACAUAGAUUUCGGUUCUACUGUCAAAUUUUGGCGGAAUCGUUCGUUGGCAGAUGCCAACUGUGAGUGCGUUCUUAGUUACGUACGCGCACACACAGAGUGUUUUUUCCAGCUCUGGAUUUGAUAGAGGAAGCGAAAAAAAACAGUGUAUAAUUUAGAUAAUAAUUCAAAAUAGCCCGUGUUUGGACUUUACUGUAAAUGUUUUUUGUACAUGCGUUCAAUAAAUCGUUGUGAUGUCGCUUGUACGUGUAACGGAAGGAAAAAAAAUAUUCCACUUGUUUUCUUUCUGUAAAUGCUUAUCGAUGACUUUUGAGUACUCUUUCACCAAUACUCUAAUUGAUUGGUGAAUAUCGCGUUGAAAGUACAUGCGAUCACUUUUUGUUUUAAUUUGCUGGUUCUGUGCUUGCUUCUGAAAAGUGCUUGCACUUCUCAACGGAAGCAGUAGCAUCAGGUUCUGCUUUCUUAUUUAUUUAUGCUUUUUUUAAUGAUGUGAAUGGGUUUUCAAUGGGCAGUAGCAACGAGCUUACAUGUCGGCAAAUAUGUCACGUAGACAAUUGGAAACAAAACAACGCAUUACAUUGACAUUCUAGCGACUUAAGCGUUCCAUUUAUCUAUUUUACCACGAAUUCCUAUUGUCGUUUUUAUUCUUAUGGUCGCGGUAAACAGCAGCCGGUGUUGGCAUUAGCAGCAUCAGUGGUCACAGCGUUGUGUUCUCCGAUGAGUGUGUGUGUGCAGUAAACACAUCUGUGCACACAAGCAAUCGGCACAGACGAGCUAAGCGUUAGUUUCGUGUUAGCGAUAUAUCGAGUCUGUUAUAUUUGUUUUUUUGUGUGUGUGUCAAAUCAGAAGUUACCAAGUUCAAAACAAAACAACAAACAAGUAAUCUCUAAUAGCAACACACACAAAAACUAUACGAAGCAAUUGAGACAUCUUGAGCAUUGUGUGAGUUUGGAUUGAAUACAGUUCGCUUUGUUUUUGUUCUUUUGUCGUUCGGUUUUCUUCUUUCGCAAAAAAACACCUUUGCAAUUUUCAAAACCGUGAUAGUGUGAGUUGUAAUUGCUAUCGCGCGUGUUAAAUCUCCCUCCUUUUCUCUUUGUGUUGAUGUAAUUGUGCAAAAACGCAGCAUUGAACGACUGUAUGAUACGUCGAUUGGAUUAUGUGAACAAAAAUUUGGUGUGAAUCAUGCGAGUGCGGAUGUAAUGUUUCGAUUCUCGGUGACAAACCAUUGAAUAGUGUUGUUCCGAAACUGUUUACCGUAGCAAUUCUCAUUUUUCUUCGUGUGAUUUUUUUUUUCGCUGUAUUUGGCUCUAGAGAAUUAUCAGAGAGUGUCAUUCGAGUAACAAGCGACCAAAUUGUAACAUAACUAACGAAUUAAUGAAAAGUUUAUUGUUUGCCUAACAAAAACAACAACUAAUUUCGCGGCUUUUCCCUUUUAAUCAUCGUCUGUGACUCAUAACAACCGAAAAAACAUCGCUAACAAGAACGGAAAAAUAAAUUGCCACGGAAAACCGUUCAUAAUUGAAACGAAAUAAGUUCGAGUGAGUGAAAUAGUUUAAAAUUGAAGGGACAGUUGCAAAAUUCAAUUCGUAAUCACUCGGUCAUGGUCGAAGAUAAAAAUAUUAUUGAUAAAUUGUGAAUUGACCAAAGAAUCCACAAAAUCAAACAAAUCGAAUUGUGAUAAUGCACGAAGUGUUUAGCCGUUGAUUGCAGUUGAGAAUAGCAAGGAACAACAACAACAGCAGCCACGUCAGCAUCACCAUCAACAUCAGCAUCGACCAUUUCAGUUUGGUGUACGUGGCGGUGAAAAGAAAAUACAAGAAGUUACCGUUAUCGCUGCAGAUCACAAUAGUCUAAACGCAAAUUUUACCAUUGAUUCACGGGCUUGCUACAAACCUGAGAAAAAGCAUUCGAUUCGAAGCGAAGCGGUGAUUGACGAUUGGCCAUUUGAACUUGAGCAUUCCACAGUCAAAUUAAAGCCUGCAGAGAGCAACGGAUAACCGAUGGAUCCAAAGGAAAAUUACUUGCAAUUGGUGUACGACAUCUGCAAGGGCCGAGGGUGGUACAGCUCCCGAAAGUUCGGUGUCAACAGCCACGACAUGGCCGAUCAAUUGGGCUUGCCACACAACACCCAAAUUCACAAAGCCCUCGCAACCAUCAUCGUGACGGCGUGUGCGAUGGUGAAGACCGCGUUGAAGGAGGAGCGUGUUAAAAAACGCGAGGCAACGAAGCAGCGUAAGCGUGCUGAGCGAGAAGCGCAACGACGGGUCGAUGACGAUGAUGAUGAUGAUGAUGAUGAUGUCAAUGUUGCGCGCCACAAUGGCUCACCACAGCCAGGGACAUCGGGCAGCAGUGGGUCACUGAUGCAACAAAUGUGGUUCAACUCGGAGCAUCGGCUUCAGAUUGGGGCUGCGAACGCCCGAGACCGUAGAGCUAAGGCUAGAGCGGAAAAAAUGGACGAAGCUUGGGCCGCAGAACAAGAAGCCAGAGUCCAAGAAGCCGAAGCCGAAGCCAUAGCCGAAGAAGCCCAAGCCGAUGAUGAACCGGCUCAUCUUACCGAUGAUGAUGGUGGUGUUGCAUCCGAGGCCGACGACGACGGAGUCGACUACGAAAACGACAACGACGACAACGACGAAAACGACGAAAACGACGAAAACGACGACAGCGACGACAACGACGAAAACGACGAAAACGACGACAACGACGACAACGACGACAACGACGACAACGACGAAAACGACGAAAACGACGAAAACGACGAAAACGACGAAAACGACGAAAACGACGAAAACGACGAAAACGACGAAAACGACCAAAACGACCAAAACGACGAAAUUGACGAAAACGACCAAAACGACCAAAACGACGAAAUUGACGAAAACGACGAAAACGAAGAAGGGGAUGACGAUGGCGCAUAUUCGCCUCAACGAUUUGCUCUCCGAGGCGAUGAACCGUCUAUCCGAGUCUCCGAUUCAGAAGACGACAACGACAACGACAACGACAACGACAACGACAACGACAACGUGGCCAGUACAGCAACCACAAGUCUUGACGGUCCAGCCAUUGCUUUCAGUUCAAGCACAACAACAACACAGUCGACAGCGGUUGGUGGAAAUCAAAUGACAUUCUCUCAAAUUGAAGGAAUGAUCAACAAAUACACAUCGGAAUCGCAGGAGCAAGAAAAAGUAUUCAUCAAUCAGGCGACACAAGUGAAUUCAUGGGAUAAUCUGCUCAACAAGAACCACAAAAAGAUUGUCGAACUGAGUUUUGAUUUGGAAACAUUAAUGAGCCCUGAUUGCCCGCCACUAAAUGUUAUACAUCAAAGUGUGAUCCAUUCAACUCCCAAGACCGAACCACCCUUGCCAAAUCAAAAAGUAUCGUCGAUUAAAUCAACCAAAGAAUCGAAAUUAAUGUCACCAAAAAGUCGCACAUCAUAG